UUUAAUAGGCUGCCAUUUCUGUCAGCAAGCUGCUCUCAGCUCUUAUAGUCAGCUGUAAUUCUUACAACUCGAGCCUUUGGAAGAAGAAAGUCACUUGCCAGCCAGAAGAGUUAUGGUAGUUCUGGUGUUAAUGCAUUCUCUUGAAUGUAAAACAAUUCACUAUGUUGCUGUUUGUCCUCUAAUUCCAGGAAAGCCAAUAUUUUCAGUGGACAUUCACCCAGAUGGGACCAAGUUUGCAACAGGAGGACAAGGUCAGGAUUCUGGUAAAGUUGUGAUCUGGAAUAUGGCUCCUGUCCUGAAAGAGGAAGAUGAAAAGAAUGAAAAUAUCCCCAAGAUGCUUUGUCAGAUGGACAAUCACUUAGCUUGUGUGAACUGUGUGCGAUGGUCAAACAAUGGAGUUUACUUGGCCUCGGGGGGAGAUGACAAGCUGAUUAUGGUGUGGAAACGAGCUGCGUACAUUGGACCUAGCACUGUGUUUGGUUCUAGUAGCAAACUGACUAAUGUUGAGCAGUGGAGGUGUGUGUCGAUUCUCAGAAGCCAUUCAGGGGAUGUGAUGGAUGUAGCAUGGUCUCCACAUGAUGCCUGGCUGGCAUCCUGUAGUGUUGAUAACACUGUUGUCAUCUGGAAUGCUGUCAAAUUCCCAGAAAUUCUUGCUACUUUGAAGGGGCAUUCUGGCUUGGUGAAAGGGCUGACCUGGGAUCCUGUUGGAAAAUACAUUGCCUCUCAGGCUGAUGAUCGAAGUUUGAAGGUGUGGCGGACCAUGGACUGGCAGCUGGAAACCAGCAUCACAAAACCCUUUGAUGAGUGCGGAGGGACAACUCAUGUGUUGCGCCUUAGCUGGUCACCUGAUGGUCACUAUCUUGUUUCUGCUCAUGCCAUGAAUAAUUCUGGACCCACUGCUCAGAUCAUUGAGAGGGAUGGAUGGAAAACCAACAUGGAUUUUGUAGGGCACCGGAAGGCAGUUACAGUAGUGAAAUUCAAUCCAAAAAUCUUCAAAAAGAAACAAAAGAAUGGGAGCUCCACCAAGUCAAGUUGUCCCUACUGCUGUUGUGCUGUCGGUAGCAAAGAUCGAUCUCUUUCAGUCUGGCUCACGUGUCUGAAGCGACCUUUAGUUGUCAUACAUGAGCUGUUUGACAAGUCAAUCAUGGACAUCUCCUGGACUCUUAAUGGACUUGGUAUCCUGGUGUGUUCCAUGGAUGGAUCAGUGGCAUUUUUGGACUUUUCCCAGGAUGAACUUGGGGAUCCACUCAGCGAGGAGGAAAAGAGCAACAUUCACCAGUCCACCUAUGGCAAAAGCCUGGCUAUCAUGACUGAAGCUCAGUUGUCCACCACCAUUAUUGAGAAUCCAGAGAUGCUCAAGUACCAGCAGAGACAGCAGCAGCAGGGGGAUCAGAAGAAUGCCUCACUUCGGGAAGGCUCUGGGAAUGCCACAGCUCCCAAAGUGGCAAGCAUGGUUAAUGGGGAGAGUCUGGAGGACAUCAGAAAGAACCUCUUAAAAAAACAAGUGGAAACACGAACAGCAGAUGGUCGGAGAAGGAUCACACCUCUCUGCAUAGCUCAGCUGGACACUGGGGAUUUUUCUACAGCAUUUUUCAAUAGCAUCCCAAUAUCUGGAACUCUGUCUGGCUCAAUGAUGUCUUCUCAAAGUAACCAGCAGCUCAUGUCACUAGAUUCUAACGCAGCAAAUUCCCUUAAUACUUCAAAGCCUUCUGUAGAGCCAACAGCAGCCAGUAUAAAACCAACAGAUGAUGCAGCCAAUAAAGAUGGUGUAAAUGCUACCUCUGCCUCAGCUGCUCCUUCUGCAUCAUCUUCCUCUGUGUUGACAACUCCAUCCAAGAUUGAGCCUAUGAAAGCGUUUGAUUCUCGAUUCACGGAACGAUCCAAAGCCACCUCAGGGACUGCUGUUGUAACAAACACAAAUCAGACUGUUGUGGACAGACUGAAGGAUCAGAAUUUAAUUAAAGACAAUAAGCCCAAGGAUAUUCUGGAGAGCAGCAGUGAUAGUGAGGAGAAGAUUCCAGCUGUUAAACCACUCAGUGUACCCAAACGGAAACUGGAACUUGAGGGAGAAACAGUAGAAAAGAAGAAAAAAGGAAGGCCUCGGAAAGACUCCAGGCUUGUACCAGUAACUUUAACUGUUCAGUCCCCAGCUACACUGGCCUCUGAGAAGGAUGCUGCUUGCAUCUCUGCACCAGCAUUAGCACUUAAACUGCCAACCCCAAUCCCACAGAAAUCGUUUACUUUGCAAAUAAGUUCAGAUCCGUCAAUGUACCUUGAAGUGGAGAAUGAAAUGACCACAGUGGGGGGCUCAAAGCUGAGCAGAUUAAAGUGUAAUCGAGAAGGGAAGGAAUGGGAGACAGUCCUGACCAGUCGAAUCCUCGCUGCAGCAGGAAGCUGUGAGAUUGUAACUGUGGCCUGUGAGAAACGAACACUGUCAGUAUUUUCAGCUUGUGGUCGUCGCCUUCUUCCUCCCAUCAUAUUGAAUACACCCAUUUCCACCCUGCACUGCACAGGUUCCUGCAUCAUGGCUCUCACCACUGCUGCUACGCUCUCUGUUUGGGAUGUUCACAAGCAGACAGCCAUUGUUAGAGACGAGUCUUUGCAAACAAUAUUUUCAGGAAGUGAUGCAACUGUCUCUCAGAUCUUGCUGACUCAGCAUGGAAUUCCUGUCAUGAGCAUGUCUGAUGGGAAGGCAUACUGCUUUAAUCCUUCUCUUUCUACAUGGAAUCUUGUUUCUGACAAACAGGACUCUCUAGCACAAUGUGCAGACUUCAGGACUAGUUUGCCAUCUCAAGAAGCCAUGCUGUGUUCUGGGCCCUUGGCUGUGAUACAGGGACGCACAUCAAAUUCAGGAAGGCAAGCUGCAAGAUUGUUCUCCAUGCCUCAUUUAGUGCAACAGGAAACAACACUUGCAUACCUGGAGAACCAGAUAGCAGCAGCACUUAUGUUACAAUCCAGUCACGAGUAUCACCACUGGCUCCUUAUCUAUGCACGGUACCUAGUUAAUGAAGGGUUUGAAUAUCGUUUGCGAGAAUUAUGCAAGGAUUUACUGGGUCCAGUCCAUUACUCAGCUGGAAGUCAGUGGGAAUCAACAGUUAUGGGUUUACGAAAGAGAGAACUAUUGAAAGAGCUUCUUCCUGUUAUUGGACAGAACCUCCGCUUCCAGAGGCUUUUCACAGAGUAUCAAGAGCAGCUGGACAUCUUGAGAGACAAGUAGCACGUCCCCAGAUUUUCCCUGCGGGGCCUGGACCGAGUGAAACUGCUGAACAGCAUUCCCAGAGACAGGAGAGGAGCGAGAGCCCGGCCAGCGGGGACACUCCUGAAGAGGGGCUGAGCCGCAGAGGUCCCAGCGGAUUCCUGGAAAUGAUGAGUGGAGGAGCUCGACAGUUUCCCCAGUGAAACUUGACCAUUGAAGCUGUGACCUCUGUUUCUAUGGAAAGUCAUGGAUAUGUACUUCAGGGGGAUCCUUUUGGAUCUGGAUCUCAUUUAAUAUUAAAACUAGCUGAGAACUGUUUGUGCGGUUUCUUGGAUGUCCUGUGAAAAGCACAGUACUUCAGAGUACACUGAACAGCAUAUUUAACCCUGUUUGGGGUUUUUUGCCUGAGGAUUUAUUGAGGCUCAACACUAUAUUAAAUUAGAUGAAUGAGCCACGUAAAAAGAAAUUUCAUAAAUAUUAAGGUAUUAUGCAGCCAAUAGACUCUUUCCUGUGAAUAUAAUAAUAAUAAGAGGCUGUUCUAACACAUGGACUAUUUUUGUACUAGAAUUUGCUAACUUGUAAUAUGGAAUUUUAUUUGGCCAAUAAUCAGGCUAUCACUACAAAGUCAUCUUGUAGGAGUUUAAUUACAAAGGCUAUGUUUCAAAGUAAUUCUACCAAAUUAACGUGUCAUCAUCAGGUUUUUAAUUUUUCAAUGUUUGUAAAAGGCAUUUGGGGGGAGGGGGAGGGAUACAAUGGGGUGGCUCUUUUUGUAAGUACAAAAUAAAAGAACAUUGCAUUGGUUUAAAAAAAAACAAAACAAAAAGCAAAAACAUGGUCUUGAAUUAUUGCAAAGAGCACAGGCAUCUCCAGAAAUGUCAACACAGGCUGAAUCAUGGUAAUGUGUCUGGAAAUAAAUAAUUUUGUCUGGAUGAUCUUUUCUCAGAAAGCACGAUCAGACAAGUGCUGGUGGUGUCUGGACAGCUCCAGUGUUUUCCCCCGGAGCCCGUCUCGGCUGAGGGAGCAGGAGCUGUGGGAAUGCUCAUCCAUCCUCUCAGGCAGAGCCAGCAGGCUCCCUCAGCACUGAGCACAGUGCCUGCACUGCAGCAAGGAGGGAGCUUUCUGCAGUUAUGGCUGUGUUCCUUGUGGAGUGCUUUUGGAAUUCCACUGAAAACAAAUCAAGUUGUUUUCUUUUUCCAGAGUGUACUGGGACAGGAGCAAGUGAUCGUGUUGGUUCUUUGCAGGCCCUGUUCUUUG